CAACAACAAAUGGAAGGAUAGGAAAAAAUUCAGCUUUUUAGCAACAGACAUUUUUUUGGUGAAAAAUUUAUAAAUUUUAAAUAAAAAAAUAUAAAUUAUAUAAAUUAAAAAUCAUUGUGCAAAUUUAAAUUCAAAUAGUUUAAUUCACGAAAUCAAUGAACGACGCGAAAAAAUCAAUUAAAUUUUCCCAUAAAAAUUGAGAGUUUUUUCUAAUUGUUAUUUUUUUUCAACGCUGUUGUACGACGACAGCUACCAAAACGGCGACGACGGCAGUGUUAUAAUUCAGGAGGAGCAUAGACACCGGUCUUAAGAAUGUCUAUAGCGAAAUUAUUUAUAAAAAUAUUUGCUGAAGAUAUAUUCGAAAAGCUAACGGAACAGCAGGAGCCUUCAACACAGGAUGCUGAACCCAAGCUGGCGGAAUUAGAAGCAGGGGCUGCAGAUGCGGCCACCAUAAGUUCAGCGGCCUCACAAAAGCCAGCCACACGCACCGAAGACAUGUGUUUGCCAGAUCGUUUGUCCUUUUGCAGGCAAAUGGUAUUGGUGAAAUCCUGGCUAAAGGAAAAACUGGAUGCCAUCGAGGUCAAAUGUAAGGAGGAUGUGUUAAAGCAACAAUUGGAAAUGCGGUCAAGGCUGGGACCAGAAUUGGUCAUAUUUGAUAUUGAUUUUUCCUCAACGGUGCGCAUAGCUAAUGAUAGAUUAUCGGUCAGGUCGCAGGGUAGUUUCAACACCAUCAAAGCCAAUGUUUGCGUCUAUGGGGGAAGGUGGAUGUAUGAGUUACAACUGCACAGCAAAGGGGUGAUGCAAGUGGGCUGGUGUUCCAGCAAAUGUAUAUUCAAUGAGAACAGUGGAGUGGGUGAUUCAAAAUUAAGUUAUGGUUAUGAUGGCAGUAAACAACAAAGUUGGCACAUCGCAACGACCAAAUAUGGUGACAAAUGGCAAAUUGGUGAUAUAAUUGGUGUAACCAUAGAUGUAGACAACGAAUUGAUUGAAUUCUAUCGCAAUGGCAAAUCCAUGGGUCCAGCAUUCGAGAAACUUGAAAAGGGUCCAAAUAUAAGUUUUUUCCCAGCCAUAUCCCUCGGCUACAAUCAAGGGGUUCAGGCUAAUUUCGGCAAUGCACCCUUUAAAUAUCCAGUACCAGGUUAUAUGCCUUUAAUGGCCAAGCCUUUAAUAUGUUUAGAAAAAGCGGAUUUGUUAUUGGAAUAUUUACAAAAUUUGUCCUUGGUGGUGGCGCGUCAUAAUUGUGAGAUGAGAAAAAGGCCCAAGGAUGAUAAACUAUCAACGAAAAAGACAGUGUAUGUGGUGUUUUGUACACUGCUAAUUGAGAAACUAACACCGCUAUUGUUUAACACGUACGUCAUCGAGGACAAGCUGUUGCCUUUAAUGGGACAGAUGUGCAAUAUGAAAUUUGUUUGUCUUUUAAGAAAUGAAUCUGAUGCUGUGCUACCGGGCCAUGCAGAAAGUAUUUUGGGGGCCCUUUUGAAUAUUUUUUGGAAUUAUUUGGAAGUUGAUGAAAUGAAAUUUCUUUUAAAGAAACUAGCCAAUGCAAUGCUUAGUGACUUUACCCAUACCAAUAAGGGUUUGGACUAUGAGCAGCAGCGCCAUGCCUUACAGAUAUUAAUAUGCCUGUGUAAUCAUACACGCACUAGAAAAACUUAUUUGGAACAUAAGUUUUUCAAAAAACAUUACCUGGCUUUGUUAAUGUACAUACGACCGCCAGAAUUUAAUUAUAUGCAAAAUUUAAUACCCAAUCAUAUGGCCUGGACGGAGGGUAUUGGUGGACCCAAAAGCAAAUAUAUGUCGGUGGUGGAGAAAAUCACAAAAUCCACAGAUUUCUUAUAUGCCUUACAAAAAACGCUGCUUUUAACUUUACUCACCAACAAUGAUGGCGAUGACAAGGCGCCCUCCUCACGUAAACUAUUUUUAGCUAAACUACGCAGAUAUGUCAUGGAUUUGUCCAUGGAACAAAGGCCUUUUCAUUCAUUUUUCUUUAUGCAAUCGAGUAUUUUACAUCCCAUUGAGAAUACCGUGGCCUUAGCAUUCAUUUGUAUACUCAUUGAUGUCAGCAAGACCACUUUCGACAAGGAAAUGCCUGGCAAUGACAUAGAAAUCAAACCCAAAUACUUUUAUGAUGGCAGUUUUGAGUAUCAACACUAUGAUAGAGUGGGUGGUGUAUUGUCACACUUGCGUAAAGUGCAUCGCAAUGAAAUACAACUGUAUUUGGGUACGGAAAGGACUCAGGAGUUAAUAGAAGAUGAUCGGGUCAUUGUAAGGGUAGCUGAAUUAACUGCUGAUACUAUAAAUAAUAUUUCUAUUAUUGGUCGUUCUGCUGGCAAUUCGGCCACCUUUACCUCCUUUAUAAAUCCCCGGGUUAACACCAAUUUGGAAAUAACGGCGGGUAAUAGUGAGCUAGAGUCUUCAUUAUUUCAAUUAUUGGAUUUAUGUGUUCUAUAUUAUUAUUGUGUGGGUCAUAAAUAUAUUGUUAAGAUUGCCUCUGUUCGUGAUGAAAUCGCCGCUUUAAAUGAUGUUCUUUUGGAAACUAAAUACUAUCGUGAAGAUGUUGAAAAGAAACUACAGGUUUUGGAAGAUCAUGCCAGCGUUUGUAUGAAUGAUCAGCAUUCUCAUGUGGUUUCAGAAUUGAGAACCAAGUUCAGUCAAAGGGAAAAUGUUUUUGCGAAACGUUCUAUUGAUUUGGCCCGUAAGCAGGCCUGGUUUAGAGCUGUGGCUUUGGGUCAAAAGAGACGUUUGUUGUUAAUUUGGUUAUUGGAAAAAACUCUAAGGACAUUGAAUGCCUCUUCCCACCAAGGCAAUUUGUUUUCGUUUGUACCCGAAGUCUACAUCAACAUAUUACCCAUACUGCUGGACACAGUAAUGGAUUUUAGCAAUCACGAUUUGGUGGUACAAUUUGAAGUGCAAGAUUCGGAAUGUGUCAUUAGCAUGGUGGCUGAUUUCUUAAGUGUACACUCUGCUGACCCUCGCAUUAUUUUAGCAUCAUGUAAAGAUUCUCUGCUGCAAGCUUUGGGUACACUAACAUGCCAUAGAUCAGGCAUAAAGGCCUUGGAAAAGGCACCCAAGAAAAGUCAAUUAGCUUUAGUUAAAGCCCUAUUGCGUCCUUAUGAAAAUCGUGCCUGGGGCCAGAGCAACUGGCUGCUUUUGCGUUUUUGGUUGGGUGAUGGUUUUGCAUAUAGUGAUGCCCGCCAGCCGUGUGUUUGGCAGGGUGGUAAUUCUCCUCUACAGAUUGGUUUGUGUCGUUCACGUGCUAAAAAUGAAACGCAUACAGGACUGCUGCACAAUAUAGCGCCCGCCAGUCCUUCUAAACACUUUCAACAGCUCAUAGGAGCGAAACUUAUAGAAGAUGAACCAUUUGCAACGGCCUUUUUGAAUUCCGUUUUAAGUCAAUUGAAUUGGGCUUUUUCCGAGUUUAUAUUGUUGCUGCAAGAGAUACAAAACACCGCCCAUCGCCAGGAAAACACAGUUUUCGAACCUAAACAAUUGAAAAUCUGCUCGAUGUGUUUCGAGUUGACGGUAUCUCUUAUGCGUUGUUUGGAAAUGAUUAUUUCCGUGGCUCCCGAUAUAUUUCACGAUCAAUGUCGACCCAAUAGUGAUUUGGUAUUAAAUCGUGUUUGCCAACUGAUUAGCCAGGUGUUGUCGCGUGUUACCGUGCCGCCGGGCUGCUUUCAAUUUGUGGUUGAUAUGUGUUCGGCUGAUCUAAAUGCCGUCACACAUUUCCCCAUUAUAACAGCAGCUUUGGGUAUAUUGUUGGCUUUGUUUAAGGAUGAAAUGGAUAAUGAUAAGAAUCCAACAAAGGUAACCCGCAUUACACGUGCCCUUUUGACGGAUCCCAGUUUUCAAUUUGCCAAUUUAGAGUUCGCUUUGGGUGAAAUAAAAACACCCAUAUUACAGCAAAGUGAGAUACCUAGAGGCAAUUUUGAUCCAUCGACUAGACCUCACAUAGAUCCAUUAACGAAUGAUGUAAGAGUUCCUCAACCUACUACCUCUACGAAACGAAUACGAGCUGAUCCUCCCAUACUUAAGUUUACACUAACUGAUUUUCCUACCCAUGUUACGGUCGAUGAAAUCGAUCGGGUACGACGCCUCAUCGAUAUGCUUAAGGCCAAACAAUCUUUACUUUCCGAUAUAACUUUGCCUUCCGAAGAUUCUCUCUGUCCGAUCUGUUGUGCCAAACCCAUAACUGUUGUUUUCAAUCCCUGCAAACAUCAGUCGUGCAACAAUUGUAUUCUGCAACAUCUAAUGAAUUCGAAAGUGUGUUUCUAUUGCAAGACUUUGAUCAAAACUAUAGAGACCUCAGAUGGCACGAUUAUUUAUGAAAAUACCGAGUAUAUACAGACGCCUACCUUAUUUGAAGUUUAACUUUUAUCUCUAUAAUUAAUUUCAGUUUUCACUUUAGAGAAACAGAAUCAUAAACUCGCAAUUAAACCCACCCACUUUUAAAUUACCAUAAAAAUAAUUCAAUUAACAUCAAGAAUUUCCACAAAUUCUUCUUGUAACUCUCAUACAUUUAAACAUGCUAGUCAAAUAUACAUAUAAACUAUAUUGUAUAGUAGGUAUAUUUUAUAGAUUUAUAUAUAUAAAAUUAAAUUAUAUUUAACAACCAGCAAGAAACAGAAACAUAUUUUAAGUCAAAUUUUUACACUGCCUUUAGAUUUUGUUAUUGGUAUUACAAGAGAAAAACAAACAAACAAAUUAUUUAUAAAGUAUUUUAACGAAAAAAAAGAGCAAAUUACAAAUUACAAAUUCCAUAUUUAUAUUAAUAUUGAUAACAAAUUGUUAAACUAUUUAUUUAGUUCAUAAUUUAUUUAAAAAUGCUUUAAAUGUUUAUUACAAAAGCGAUAUUAGUG